AAGAGAACCCAACUUUAAUAAUAAGCUUUUCAUUCGAGGGGUUGAGAUUGUAAAGCGAGGACAGUCUAAACACUUUCGUGAGGUAGGUAAGAAGGUCAUGGAUGAAUCUAUGAAGGUGGAUAAUUCGCGUACCUUACAUCAGAUUGUGAAGGACGUGCUCAAAGAGAUCAUAAAUAAUAUUUUACAGAUAGACCUUACUGGGAUGGUUAAAACUGCUGUGUGGAAGCCUGAUAAAGAUAAUAAGUCUGUCCAACGCUUUAUGUCACGAAUGCGGGAUAGACAUACUCGUGAAGAAGCAGACGCCAAACAGCUUAUAAAAAAGGGCCUAACACCCGAGCCUUAUCUUUAUGGAAUCCCAGAACCAGGCGAAUGCUUUGAGUAUAUUGUAGUUGAGAAUGAUUUUUCACAGAAGUGGGGGAUAAAAUGGAAUAUCAGCUACUAUCUGAAAACUGUUGUCGGUCUCUGUGCACGAUUUAUUAACUAUGAUGAAAGUUUCCAGCCAUCAUCUGAAAUUGUGCUGGAAGCCUUAAAAAAGUUAAAAGCGG